AUGGCUCUGGUUCCACAUGGCAGAGGCAGCGCGGGCGGAUCAGUGUCCAUGGGGAUGCCGGUGCUCGCGCCGGACGGCUACACCGUGUGGGCGAUCAAGGCACAGGCGAUCCUUGAUGCCCACACGCUGCGGGAGGCGGUGGCGCCGGCGGGCGACGCGGCGGUGAAUGGCAAAAAGUGCAAGACGGCGCGGGCGAUGUUCCUGUCGGGGCUGCCGGAGGACGUGCUGCUCUCGGUGGCGACGAAGCCCACCGCCAGGGAGGUAUGGGACUCCCUGAAGGUGAGGUUCGUCGGGGCCGAGCGGGUGCGCGCGACGAGGAGAGCGACGCUGCGCGGCGAGCUUGAUCGGCUGAAGAUGGAGGACGGCGAGUCGCUGGACGCGUACGCGGGAAGACUUGUAAUUCGCUGGCCUAGGCGAGACGUUGGGCGAGACGGAGCUGGUGAAGAAGCUCCGGACACGGUGCCGGACCGACUCUUCCCCGUUGUCGCCGGCAUCGAACAGUUCUGCGUCCUCGAGGAGCUGACGUACGACGAGGCGCUCGGGUGGCUGCGCGCAUUCGACGAGCGGUGGGUGCGGCGCCGUGGGCAAAGCAGCGGCGAGCGGGCGGAUGGGCAGCUUCUGUACACGGCGGCGCAGUGGCGAGCGCAGGAGCGGCAGCCAGGCGGAGCGCGGGACGACGACGACACGCGCAGCCAGGCGUUGGGCUUCGGCGGCAACAAACGCGGCCGCUGCUACAAGUGCGGCGAACGGGGCCAUUUCAAGCGGGAUUGCCCGCAGCUGCGCAAGGCGGCGGCGGCGGAGCAUGCGAUGAUGGCGGACGCCGGCAGUCGAGGACGGUGGCCUCCUCUGAGCCUUGGCUUAAGGGGGUGA